AUGAAAGAGCUCAGUGCAAUGUCACAAUCUGGAGAUAUCAUAAUUGGAGGAGUGGUACCUGUACAUGUGGACAAAACGUACCCUGCAACUAGCUUCACCGAGAAACCUUCUUCAGCCAUCUGCAAAACGUUUCGGUUUGAGAACUACCAGCGCAUCCAGGCUUUGAGAUUUGCAGUGGAGGAGAUCAACAAUGACCCCAAUCUUCUUCCGAACAUCACCUUAGGAUACCAGAUCUUCGAUUCUUGCACCGUGUUGCAAAGGGCUCUCUCUGGGACACUACAGAUCCUAACUGGCCACAAAGAGCCUGUGCCUAAUUACAGGUGUCAACAAGCUGUACCAUUGGCCGCUAUCAUUGGCCAUUCUAUAUCGACAUAUUCCAUGAUGUUAGCUCAUAUCUUAGGGCUUUACCGAUACCCACAAAUUAGCCAUUUUUCCACCAGUUCCCUCUUAAGCGACAGAACACAGUUCCACUCCUUCUUCAGGACUGUUCCCAGUGAUGCUUUUCAGUCUCAAGGAUUAGCUCAGUUGGUGCUGCAUUUUGGAUGGACCUGGGUGGGACUAGUAGCUACAGACAAUGACUAUGGACAACAGGGCAUCCAGAUGAUUAAGAGAGAUAUACUAAAUGCUGGAGCUUGUGUAGCCUUCACUGAGAAUAUUAUAUUAAGUCAGAAAGACCGUAAUGCUCCACAGAUUGCCCUUACCAUAAAGCAAUCGACAGCAAAGGCUGUGAUUUUCUUUUCUACUGACUUGGACUUAUUGUUUGUCCUGGAUGAAUUGCUAAGGCAGAACAUAUCAGAGAAGAUUCUGGUUGCCAGCGAAGCUUGGGCUACGUCUGCUUUUCUAGCAAUAGAUAAAUAUUCCGGGAUUCUCUCUGGUACUGUUGGAUUUGCACUCCACAGUGGAACAAUACCUGGAUUUAAAGACUUUCUCAACAGUAUUAAUCCUUCAUCAUUUCUUGAUGAUGAAUUACUAAAGACAUUUUGGGAACAAGCUUUUGGUUGCAAAUUUCAGGAGAAGACUAAUGCCACAGGCCCUUUGUUAAAAAUUUGCACUGGAUCCGAAGAACUGGGAAAUAUCCAAAAUAGUUAUAAUGAUGUAUCCGGUCUAAGGGUCACCUACAAUAUCUACACAGCUGUUCAGGUCAUAGCUAAAGCUCUGCAUGAUUUGAGCAGAUGCAUCGAAGGGGAUGGACCAUUUUCUCAAGGAACAUGUGCUAACAUUCGGAAAUUUGAGCCAUGGCAGCUGUUACAUUAUAUGAAGCAGGUACACCUGAAAACAGGCAGUGAAACAGAAUUCUUUUUUCAUGAAAAUGGAGACCCCACCGCCAUAUAUGAUAUCAUAAACUGGCAGUUUAGGCCACUGGGAAAGAUCCAACAAGUUAAAGUAGGAAGCUAUGACAUGGGAGCAACGACUGGAAAUAUAUUCAGUGUUAAUAUCAGUGCCCUAAACUGGAGCACAGGGCAAAAAGAGGUUCCUCAGUCCAUCUGCAGCCAGAGUUGCCAACCAGGUUUCAGCAAAGCAGUUCUCCCUGGAAAGCCUGUUUGUUGCUUUGAGUGUGUUCCCUGUCACCAAAGUGAAAUUUCCAAUAAAACAGAUUCUCCUUAUUGCUCUAAAUGCCCUUGGGACAUGUGGCCAAAUAGUAACAGAGACAGAUGCCUUCCAAAGCCCAGGGAAUUCCUCUCCUAUGAAGAUUCCUUGGGUAAAACCUUGGCAACAGCAAGUGUUUCUUCCUCAUUGGUUCCUGUUGCCAUACUUGGGCUUUUCAUUCACUACAAAAUCACUCCCAUUGUUCGAGCUAAUAAUUAUCUGCUGAGUUGUCUUCUUCUGGUGUCCCUGUCCCUCUGCUUUCUAUGUUCAUUAUUUUUCAUUGGCUACCCACAACCAGAGACAUGCCAUCUCCGGCAGGUGACCUUUGGCAUGGUCUUUGCCCUUUGCAUCUCCUGCAUUCUGGCCAAAACUUUCAUUGUGGUUAUAGCUUUUAAGGCCACUAAACCAGAUAGUAGUUUGAAAAAAUGGACUCGUCCACGAAUAUCUUACAUCAUUGUUUUUUUGUGCGUUGUCAUUCAGACUUUUCUUUGCAUGAUAUGGCUGAUGUUAUCCCCUCCAUUCUUCGAGGAGAACAUCAGCACUAAACUUGGAGUAGUCAUUGUUGAGUGCAAUGAUGGUUCUUCAACAGCAUUUUGGUCCAUGCUGGGAUACCUUGGACUUCUGGCAUCAGUUAGUUUCUUUGUUGCGUUUCUGGCCAGGAGACUGCCUGACAGCUUCAAUGAAGCUAAAUUUAUAACAUUCAGCAUGGGGACUUUUCUCAGUGUUUGGAUAUCCUUUAUCCCAGCCUCAGUGAGUGCCCGUGGUAAAUACACUGUAGCCAUGGAGAUUUUUGCCAUUCUAUCUUCCACAUGGGCAUUGGUGGUUUGCAUGUUUGUGCCAAAAUGUUUCAUCAUCUUAUUCAGACCAAACAUGAACUCCAGAGAACAUAUCAUGGGAAAGGAAAGAGAUACUGAUUACUGCCCUGAUUUAGAAUACGUAUUUGCGAGCAGCGACUUUAGAAAAUGUCUAAAGGUUUUGGUGUGCAGUCUCUUCUUUAGGUUCCAGUUUCCAAGUGCAGCCCAAGUUGUCCUUCUGGAUCUCAUAAAGUUAUGCUUCCAGGAAAACCCCUUUGGUGUUAUGAGUGUGGCCAGCGUCCCAUGGGACAUAUAUCAAACCAAACAGUUAUGCAUUUGUGGAAUGUGGUUAAUCUUCUCUCCUCCCUUUUUUGAACAUGACACUGAUACUAAACCUGGAAUCAUCAUUGUAAACUGUAGUCAAGGGUCACCCAUUGCAUUCUGGUGCAUGCUGGGAUAUCUUGGCCUCCUGGCCACCAUCAGUUUCAUUGUUGCAUUUCUGGCCAGACGUCUCCCUGACAGUUUCAAUGAAGCCAAAUUUAUCACAUUCAGUAUGUUGGCUUUCCUCAGUGUCUGGGUGUCCUUUAUCCCGGCCUAUCUCUGUGCACAUGGCAUGUAUACUGUGGCAAUGGAGGUCUUUGCUAUUCUGUCUUCUAGUUGGGCUUUGAUAGUCUGUAUCUUUGUGCCAAAAUGUUUCAUUGUAUUGUUCAGGCCUCAAAUGAACUCUAGAGAACAUCUUACAAUUAAAAGCCUAGGUACAAGUUAA